CUGUAAUACUGUAAUUUGUGUUCACUGUUUGUUCAGUAAAUGUAAUGCAUGUUUACUGGGGUUCAGAGUGUACUUCUGUACUCACAUCAUCAAUAAGGAUAAAGGGAGGCAUAUUUAUUUCAUAAUUUUACAGUACACUAAGUGGUUAGAUUUAUUUGGUCAUGAAUAAGUAUGUUAUAAAUUAUAUUUUUAAUGCAUUUCUUUUAAUUCAUAGCUUCAAAUUGGAUUCUGUAUGGAUGUACGAUGUCAAGAAAAACUAGGCGAAGCCCCACAAAAGAUGCUGUUGAACACAUUCUUUCAGGCACAGAUAAACCAUGGUUUGAAGAGAGAUUUAUUAACGAGUAUAAAGGAAAAGACAAAAACCAGCAAGUCACCUGCUGAACCUGACUGUUCUGAUGGGCAGAGAGGAGAAAUCAGAGUGGUGAAGGAAAAGACAAAAACCAGCAAGUCACCUGCUGAACCUGACUGUUCUGAUGGGCAGAGAGGAGAAAUCAGAGUGGUGAAGGAAAAGACAAAAACCAGCAUGUCACCUGCUGAACCUGACUGUUCUGAUGGGCAGAGAGGAGAAAUCAGAGUGGUGAAGGAAAAGACAAAAACCAGCAUGUCACCUGCUGAACCUGACUGUUCUGAUGGGCAGAGAGGAGAAAUCAGAGUGGUGAAGGAAAAGACAAAAACAAGCAAGUCACCUGCUGAACCUGACUGUUCUGAUGGGCAGAGAGGAGAAAUCAGAGCGGUGAAGAAUGUAAAUGAUGAUCUUCAGACCGUAAAGAGCAGUGACAUAUUUGAUCACGAUUCUUUUUUGGAUACUGAUGAGAGGGAAGACCUGACUAAAGCAGAGGUAAAAUUGUUGUUUCUACCUAGUGGUAAUACCAGACAUCCCAAGUUGCAAAAACUCAUUUCCAGGAGGUACCCCCGGACCACGCCCCCUUGGACCCCUUACAGUACUGUAACAGUAUACAGUCUAAGCAAUUGAGGGUUAAGGGCCUUGCUCAAGGGCCCAACAGUGGCAACCUGG